UAAUUUCUCUUUUAGAGAUGGAAUUGAGAAUUAAAUCACUGGGAUUUAUACUACUUGCAACGACAUUGAUCUAUAGUGCCGGCAAUCUAAUAGCAACAACCUCAGCCGAAGCUUUACGUCUACCGGAUCAACAGUCCAAUUCAAUACCUCUACAACAACAACAACAGAUAUUGCCACAACAGCAACAACAUGUACAGCAAAUCUUUGUUAAUCAACAACAGCAACAACAACAACAACAGCAAUAUGUUCAACAACCCCAACAACCACAAGCGGGAGUGGAUGAAGAACGUGGUCGUUCUUCCAUUCUCAGCAUAUUCGGUUUAGGUGGCGGCGAAAGUGAUCCCUAUUUGGCUCGCUCCAACACAAAUUGCUUAAGUGGCGAUUUAUCGGAAUGUUUCAAAACACAAGCUUUGAAUAGUUUCGACGAAAUAUUUUAUCGUGAACAAUAUGCAUUAUCUGACUUUGCCCGUGUUGUUCGUAUGCCUGAAAAUCAACAGCGUUCCUUGUUGCAAGAACCUUUUGAAUAUUCAGAAGAACCACGUAAUGAGGAUAGUGAUUGGGAUCAAUUGGUGAAAUAUGCUUUAAGAAGAGCUGAACGAUUCAUUAAGUCCACUGCUUUGGAAGUUGAAUUACCAGAAGAAAUAACCGAGGCAGGACGUUAUCAAGCCCGCUUUAUUGGCAAUGACAUCGAUAGUGAAUUGGACAUAAUUGAGGAUAAACAUGCUCCCAUCAUAAAACGUAAAAAGUUGAAGAAAAUGAUCAUUCCCUUGUUGUUGGUGUUGAAAAUUUUCAAACUGAAAUUGUUGUUAUUCUUGCCCUUCAUCUUGGGUAUUGCUGGACUCAAAAAGAUUCUCGGUUUGGCUGCUAUUAUUUUGCCCGGUCUGUUUGCCUACUUCAAGUUGUGUCGUCCCCAAGGCGGACCUGGUGGUUACAAUGCUGGCGGUGGAUUAUUCUCUGGUCUGUUCGGCAGCAAAAACACUUUCCCCGAAUACUCACCACAAGGUGUGGGUUCAGCCACAUACUAUCAUCAUCAUGAUCACUUUGAUGGUGGUGCUGGCAACUCACAAUAUUACAGACCUGAUCCUCAUUUCUCAAAGCCUUAUGGUGAUUAUUAUAGCAAGAAUUAUGCCACCGCUGCCACUGGUAAUUCUGUUAGUUUUGGAGAAACAUCUGCACAUGAUGCUGCUUAUUCUGGUUAUUAUGGCAGAAAUACUGGCAAAGAUAUUGAAAGUACUCAGAAGAGUUAGAGAGCAGAGAAAUAAAUUAUUUUAGCGAACAUUUUACUCUUGUAAAAAUGGCCAUUGUUUCAAAUUUAUAUUUUUAUUUUUUUUAUAUACAUAUAUAUUUAAUUUAAUUGUUAUUAGUAUUUGUUAAAGCAUUAUUGUUUUGUACUAUAUUUAUUUCACUUUCACAAACCACAAAAUAUUUAUUUAUAUUUUUAAAAAACUUCAAAUAAAUUUAAAAAAAAAAAUA